AUGCGGGAUACAGGGACUUCCUCCCAUUCCCUCUUCCUGCGGGCUACUAGUCGACACUAUCUUGGUCAUGGCUCGUUUAGACCUGCCUUGAAUGUUAGUCAUCUCCUGAGGCUCCUUGCAGAGCUGUCAGACGCGCCUCCCCCAAUCCCCGGUAAGGGCAAGAAACGGACCGCUCAGGAUACCCUCUUCAAGUCUCCGAAUCCUAAGCGACGAAAGCUGGUACCAGGUUCUGACAGGGAGAAUGACGAACAAGUCCUUGUUUACCCCACUAUUCGCUCCUACAUGCCACCUUUAGAAGGAAACACGCAUACUCCUAUCUUUCGCCACACCUUUGAUAUGCAAUAUACGACCGAUUAUCCAGCUCACCCUUUGAAGGAUCAUUUCAGUGAUGAUGCUGAAUGGAUUAGUGAAGAAGACGAACUGCGUGACGUCCUGCAAGGCCUUGGAGAGCAGGAGCCUCGGGCGUUAGAUCUGGGACGUGUGUUCAUCACUAAAUAUCACGACAAGUUUAUAGGCGUCUCUGAAGAAUAUCAAGAAGAUGGCGAAGGAUGGCUAUUUAUGUUGCCCACAGUCCAAGCCACUCAAGAUGCUGAUCCCCAUUCGUUCAAGACUGACAUCCUCGAGUUGGCGGAUACCUUGAAGACAUUUGGGCGGGUUUCUAUAAAUGCCUCUCUUAGACUCACCGUCUUACCCUCCGACGUUUGCGACUCGAAGGACCUUCCUUUUCGGCUGCAUGUGGAUGCGACUGUUUCUAUACUUACCCCACGCAUAUUUGAUCCAUUUGGGGGUUCUAAGGGCCUGACCAGGAAAACAAUCGAACUUCUGGAGUCGGCUCAAAGACAGCUCUUGCGUUUUGCGUAUCCCAAGCCUCCACCGUCGACAUUCCAGGGUGUAGUGUCUAUUCCCUUUUUUUAUUCAAUCCUUGGACCUGCCCCUACUCUUCCGUAUAAGCGCGCAAUAGAGGCUAUGCAGCCUGCUGAGCUGCUUCCAACCCUACUGCCCUUUCAGCGGCGAAGCGUCGCCUGGCUUUUAGAGCGAGAAGGCAAGACGGUCACUUCUUCUGGAGAGAUAAUUUCAGCCAAUACAUCCGAAUAUUCCUCUUGGGAGACUAUUCAAGCAGGCGACGUAUCUUUUCAGUUUAAUCGCUUGACUGGGCAAGUCCUUCCCACUUCUGAAACAGCAGAAGAGUCCGAACCUGUAUUCGGCGGCAUUCUAGCAGAAGAACCAGGUCUAGGGAAAACUUUGGAAAUUAUCUCAUUGAUUCUUUUGAAUCCUGCUCCGCCGGACCGAAACCCGGCUCAACAAAUUAGAUGGGACCCUAUAGCAAGGCUCGAAACGACCCUUAUAGUUACCCCUCCAGCACUUGCAUCCCAGUGGAUCGACGAGCUUGCUACUCAUGCACCUACCCUGAAAGUACUUGUGUACGACGGAUGGUCCAAGGUCCCUGUCCCUAUCACCACUACUCAAGUUGAAGAGGAACGCGCUAGGAGAAACAAAAUCAAUCAGAAACGCAGCAAAAAAGGACAAGCACUAGAACCCACGGACGACAUCAUGGAUUGGUGCACAUGGGUCAACACUUUCGACAUUGUGGUCACUACGUAUAACGUCUUGAAGACUGAUUUCAACGUCGCUCGGGCGGCACCUCUUAGACCUAGGCGUACGGACGUGGUUUACUCCAACGUUGAGCGACCACGUAGCCCCUUGGUAAUGUGUGAGUGGCAACGAGUCGUCAUGGACGAAGUACAGAUGGUUGGAGGGGGAAAAACGGAAGACAUGGUUUCACUUAUUCCCCGGCUAUCCUCAUUUGCUGUAUCGGGUACUCCUGCUCGUACUCAGGUCCAAGAUUUGAUACAUGUUCUUAGAUUCCUUCGUGUCGACAAUGCUGUUGGAUCUCCGCGUUUAUGGAAUCGUCUUAUACAGCCUCCCUAUGCCGGAGAACUAGCUGACUUUUUCCGUCAUUACACGAUCAGAACCAUGAAGUCAACAUUAGAAGCUGAGUUGACUAUACCACAACAAACCCGCUAUCUUGUUAGCAUUGAGAUGGGUCGUAUUGAACGCCAUGUUUAUGAUCAAACUCUUGAAGCUGUUCUACAGGAGCUCGGUCUUGAUGCUCGUGGCGUGGCGGCAUCAGCCGGCUGGGAAACAGACGGGACUGUUCUACGGUCCUCACUUCGCCGACUUCGAGGAAUAUGUACCCAUCCCCAAGUCGGACAGCUUCAGCGCCAGAACGACAAACUAUUUAAACCAGGUGCCUUGAAGACCAUCGAGGAGGUUUUACAUACCAUGCAAGAUCAAAAUUGGAGAAACGUCAUGGACGACUUCAAGUCGAAGGUGCAAGCUAUUAUCACGCUUGCUCAGCUGAAACAGCACGACGAGGGUGAUCACAACCGUUAUCAUCGCUCACUGGAGCUCCUUCUAGCCGCCGAAAAAGAGGCCAACAAGUUGAUUGACGAAAUAGAAUCGGCCAUCACAGACCACGAUGCUAAAGGUGAUGUCUUAAGAAAGGAAGCAGCUGCCCGUAGAGCGUCUCAGCCAGAACUGCCAAGUCAAAAAGGGAAAGAACGAGAGCUAUCAUGGACCCCAUCCGAGGACACAGAUGACGACGGUCUUCCCCAUACACCUGCUGGAGAAGAACAUGGUAUAAAGCGCCGUGCACUUCAACAGCGUCUUCGCGAGACGCGUAUGGUUCUGCAUCGCGUCAAGUUCUUGCAAGGUGACACCUACCACGUUUUGGGAGAUUCAUUCUCUGCAGAAGAGUCAGCUGCGUAUACAAUUUGUGAGGAAAUGCGACGCGACCUUUUGAAAAGUACGGAAGACGAGGCUAAUCGCGGAAUGGCUCAGUUGGACGUGGAUGCCACUAAACAUGGGAUAAACGAAAAUACUCUGACUAUUCCUCUUCCAUUCCUGGAGCAAGGGGGGAUACGUUCCAGUGACAUUGUUGAUCAACUUCAUGAAAUCAUCGAAGAUGUUCUCAAUGUUCAAUCGGUCUUACUAUGGGAAUGGAGGACUCACCUCCACAAGUUACUUACACAGAGGUUGUCGGCUUCUGAGAAUGAGGCCGACGGUGAAGAAUAUCAGCGUAGUCUCGAUGAUCAAGGAGAGGCAGAGACUUAUCUCCAAGCAUACACUGCACUUCUUGCGGAUCGCCGGGAAGCCCUUGUAAAUGAACGAACUCUACUAGCGGUACAUGAUGCAAGAGAGGCAAAGCACCGCCAGACAAGAACUGCUGGAAAAGCAGUGGCUGCAGCAGCUGACAACACUUCGGUACUGCCAAGUGAUAUUCAAUUGCAGCCUGAGCACGAAGUGCUCCACCAGGAAUUAGCUGAACAGCGUAAAAAGUUGCUGAAGGAACUUGACGCUCGGUCGGUAAAAUCGAUUUUGGUGGAUCUUACGGCGGCUAUGUCUAGGAUCAACCGUGAUUCAGAUCCGGAGAAAGCACUGUUGAAAGAUGCCAUAGCUGAGGUUCGCCGACUCAUCACAGAUCAAGGCGCUAAUCUUGACAAGCUUGAUGCUGAUCUCGCUUUAUUCCGAAAGGCUUUCAAUCAGAGAAUCCUGUAUUUCCGUCAGCUACAGGAAAUCUCUGAUUCUGUCACCCAGGUUACAUGGGAGAAGACCCUUGGUGAAGCUGUUCAAGAGUGUGAAGCAGAAAAGGCGCGGCUGGAAGACAGACUGAAGACGAGCCGAGCACGUCAACGGUACCUCGACAACCUUGCCAAGGACAGAGAUGAAGCUAAGGACAUAGAAGAUGAGUGUGUUCUGUGUGGAUGUGAAUUUGAGCGUGGCUUUAUCACUGCUUGGUAUGUUGACACAACGUUCGUCUCCAAGUUAACGCCAACAUUCACUAUCAGUGCACACGUAUUUUGCGAAGGCUGCAUGAAAGCCUGGUUACAGCGGAGAGAAGGAAAAGCAUGUCCCGUAUGCCGAGUGCAUGUCGACCCGAAGAACUUGCAAAGGUUUGCUGUAAACGGGCCUGAGAAUCCUCCACCAGGCCGAAUUGUUAAUGGCGAGAUGGUUCCACAAUCUCGUCGAAAAAUAGAAUACAACAUGAUUGAUCCGGAGCUGUUUGACUCUAUCGAACACAUGGAAUGCUAUGGCGACUAUGGGAGGAAGAUCCAAACUCUUGUCCGACAUCUUCUGUACUUGCAAGAGAAUGACCCUGGCUGCAAGUCUAUCGUCUUUUCCGCGUGGGAAGAUUCAUUACACAUAUUGCAACGUGCUCUUACAGACAACGCCAUCCAAUGUCUGCGAAUCGACCAGGGGCGAACGAAGGGUAACAACGCCUCAAAGAGGUUCAAGUCUGAUCCUGAUAUUCGUGUCUUGCUCUUACACGGUGAGCGAGAAAACGCAGGAUUGAACAUUACUUGUGCAUCAAGAGUCUUCUUGUUGGAGAGUGUUGUACACCACGGCUUCGAAGUUCAAGGCACGUUCACAAUCGCCCGAAUUGAUCGUUUGGGACAGACCCGACCCACGGAAGUCUACUGCUACUACGCUGAAGAUACUGUCGAGAGAAACAUCCUUGAUUUAGCUGCUCGUCGAGGGCUUUCGCUUUAUACCAAAGGGAAUUCAGCUGGAACCCUGAACGCCUCUUCCUUUGACGUCGCCAGCGGCGAUAAAGACAUUGAUUCUCCUUCAAAGAAGAAUCAUGCCCUGAAAGGAGAUUUUAUAUCGAAGAUCGAUGAUAUGUUGGCGAUUCUUUUCCCACAUAUGUAUGAAGAUGUUGAGUAUUUAGUGCCUCCUGAUGAGGACGUGCAUAUGAAGGAUGGUACUGAGCAGACGAAUGCUGUUGCAGGUCCUUCCAGGCUGAGAUGA